AUGAAGUCCGAGGGUUGUUUCAUUUUCGUUGCCAUUGUUCUUCUUGUUUGUUCAGCUCUCACGGAGGAAGCCAGACAUGAAGCAACAGGCGACGAAGUGAAGGGAACCAUGCAAGGGGAAAGGGGCCAGUGCAAAAGCAGAUAUUGCUGCGGUGAAUUGGGUCCCAAAGGUUGCAAGAAGUACUGUUGCAGGCGAGGUGGCGGAGCUGGUGGCGGCCAAGGAGGUGGCGGAGCUGGCGAUGGGGGAUACGGUGGUGGGCAAGGUGGUGGACAAGGUGGCGGAGCUGGUGGCGGGCAAGGAGGCGGCGGCGGGAAAGGCGGAGACAAAGGCGGUGGAGGAGGAGGUUGCAAGAAGGAUUGCUGUGGAGGAUAUAAAGGUGGCGGCGGAUGCAAAUGCUGCGAAAAUGAAGCUGAAGCCAAAGCAGAAACCAACAACUAG